UCAGUCCCCGCCCCUUUACGGCACGAUGGUCGCACAAGAAUGUGAUACAGCCUCGACCGCCGCCAUUUUCUUUCUUUCUUAGCAGUUGGCUGAGUGCAGAUCUCUGCGAAGAAGCGGCAGCGGCCUCUGUAGCGUAGACAUGGCAGACUACUCAACGGUGCCUCCACCUUCCUCUGGCUCAGCUGGUGGUGGAGGCGGCGGCGGUGGUGGUGGAGGAGUUAACGAUGCUUUCAAAGAUGCGCUGCAGAGAGCACGGCAGAUUGCAGCAAAAAUUGGAGGUGAUGCUGGUACAUCACUGAAUUCAAAUGACUAUGGUUAUGGGGGACAAAAAAGACCUUUGGAAGACGGAGAUGGCUCUUGGACAAGUCCGAGCAGUACAACACACUGGGAGGGAAUGCCCUCUCCUUUUAAAGAUCAACCAGAUGCUAAGAAAGUUGCUCCUCAAAAUGACUCUUUUGGAACACAGUUACCACCGAUGCAUCAGCAGCAAAGCAGGUCUGUAAUGACAGAAGAAUACAAAGUUCCAGAUGGAAUGGUUGGAUUUAUAAUUGGCAGAGGAGGUGAACAGAUCUCACGCAUACAACAAGAAUCUGGAUGCAAAAUACAGAUAGCUCCUGACAGUGGUGGCCUUCCAGAAAGGUCUUGCAUGUUAACUGGAACACCUGAAUCUGUCCAAUCAGCAAAACGGUUACUGGACCAGAUUGUAGAAAAGGGAAGACCAGCCCCUGGCUUCCACCAUGGUGAUGGACCAGGAAAUGCAGUUCAAGAAAUCAUGAUUCCAGCUAGCAAAGCAGGAUUAGUUAUUGGAAAGGGGGGAGAAACUAUUAAACAACUUCAGGAGCGGGCUGGAGUUAAAAUGGUUAUGAUUCAAGAUGGACCUCAGAACACUGGUGCUGACAAACCUCUUAGGAUUACAGGAGACCCAUACAAAGUUCAACAAGCCAAGGAAAUGGUGUUAGAGUUAAUUCGUGAUCAAGGUGGUUUCAGAGAAGUUCGAAAUGAGUAUGGGUCAAGAAUAGGUGGAAAUGAAGGGAUAGAUGUCCCCAUUCCAAGAUUUGCUGUUGGCAUUGUAAUAGGAAGAAAUGGAGAGAUGAUUAAAAAAAUACAAAAUGAUGCUGGUGUUCGAAUACAGUUUAAGCCAGAUGAUGGAACAACACCUGAUAGAAUAGCACAAAUAACAGGACCUCCAGACCGAUGUCAACAUGCUGCAGAAAUUAUUACAGACCUUCUUCGAAGUGUUCAGGCUGGUAAUCCUGGUGGACCUGGACCUGGUGGCCGAGGAAGAGGUAGAGGUCAAGGCAACUGGAACAUGGGACCACCUGGUGGACUACAGGAAUUUAAUUUCAUUGUACCAACUGGGAAAACUGGAUUAAUAAUAGGAAAAGGAGGUGAAACCAUAAAAAGCAUAAGUCAGCAGUCUGGUGCAAGAAUAGAACUUCAGAGAAAUCCUCCACCUAAUGCAGAUCCUAACAUGAAAUUAUUUACAAUCCGUGGCACUCCACAGCAAAUAGACUAUGCACGGCAACUUAUAGAAGAAAAGAUUGGUGGCCCAGUAAACCCUUUAGGGCCACCUGUACCCCAUGGGCCCCAUGGUGUCCCAGGCCCCCAUGGGCCUCCUGGGCCUCCAGGGCCUGGAACUCCAAUGGGACCAUACAACCCUGCACCUUAUAAUCCGGGACCGCCUGGCCCUGCUCCUCAUGGUCCUCCAGCUCCUUAUGCCCCUCAGGGGUGGGGAAAUGCAUAUCCACACUGGCAGCAGCAGGCCCCUCCUGAUCCAGCUAAGGCAGGAACGGAUCCAAAUUCAGCAGCUUGGGCUGCCUACUAUGCUCACUAUUAUCAACAGCAAGCACAGCCCCCACCUGCAGCUCCUGCCGGUGCACCAACUACAACCCAAACCAAUGGACAAGGUAACUAUGGAGAUCAGCAGAAUCCAGCUCCAGCUGGACAGGUUGAUUAUACCAAGGCGUGGGAAGAAUAUUACAAGAAAAUGGGUCAACAAGGGCAGACACAAGAUUAUUCAAAAGCUUGGGAGGAAUAUUACAAGAAGCAAGGUCAAGCGGUUCCUGCUCCUACUGGCGCUCCCCCAGGUGGUCAGCCAGAUUAUAGUGCAGCCUGGGCUGAGUACUAUAGACAGCAAGCCGCCUACUACGCCCAGACAAGCCCCCAGGGAAUGCCACAGCACCCUCCAGCACCUCAGUGCCUUCCCAGACCUUCCACCUUAGGUUCUGCUGCAAAAAGCAACAGGCUUGACAUCAACAUCUUCUUCCUUUAUGAAAGUGAGCCAAGAAUAGUAAUUGCCUGUUUCCUAGAAACCAACAAGAACUAAAGCAAUACUUCUGAAGAUGUCAUUUAUGGACACAAAAUAAUCACCAUGUUUGCUUUACAUAUUUGUGCUAUACUGAAGACAUGUAGAUUUUCACUAUGCCUUAAUUUAGAAAAAAAUCAAAGUUUUAUUUGUGAAACAUUCUCUUGACAAUUAGAACCCUUUGCUCCUAGUAUAAAGGUUCUACAAUACUGGAGUCCCAGUGUAUUAUUUGCUCAACCAACUCUUUGUGCUAGCUGAUAGUACUGAAAACAGGAAGCGGGUGAUGUCAUACAUUGUAACAACUGUUAAAAUACUUCCUUGUCACAAGAUUGUCCGUCACUGUUCACCCUACUAUAUAACAGAAAAUGUAAUUUCUUUAUUUCCCACUUUGUGAUUUUCUUCCUCACCCUUAGCUAAUGUCUUUGAGAUGAAUUCCAUCCAACAAAAUUUAUUGAUGGCCAAAUGGCAGACAAGAGUGUUCACAGGUAGAAUAAAUGGAAGACAACUGCUAAAAGAGGCAUUGGCUGGAACGUGGGGAAAUUGUAGAGUUGAAGUAUACGGUUAGUCGUCUAUUCAGGGUGAGAGUUGGAAGCUAUGGAAAUAAUUUAAGGGCAGAGUUUCAAUUGUUAAAUAGUGUGAGUCUAUAAAACAGUUUGGUGAUGAUGGGGUCACUGGUGGCCUUUGAGGGCAGUUUUAGUACAGUUGAAUUGUAGGCACAGUUGGUAGUAUCUAAAAUACUUUAGCUGUAGAUUCUUGGUUUCUAAACCACCUAGAUUUUUAUGCCUGGAAAUUACAGUACCAUGAAAAAAUUGCUUCAGGGCACCACACCCAGCUAACGUUAGGAAAUUUUGAAACAAGCUUUAAAAUAAUUGCCUAUGUAAGAAAAAACCUUUGCAUGGAUGUUUUGCAUCAGUUUGAGGUACUGUACCUCAGUUCCAAUGAAUGUAGAAGGAGUUGGGAUAGUUU